CUACUAGUACUUCUACUGCGAACACUAGACUCUUGCCCCAAUUCCUCCCUACUCCUUCAAGCUCCUUCUUUCCCUUCCUUCCUCUCUGCUACCCAGAAAAAAACAGAACAACAAUGGCGUCUACAGCAGCAGGACUAUGCAGCCCAAUCCAACUGAGCACCAGGUUCACCCGGCCGAACCCAUCGGCCGCGUCCCUCAAGGCGCUCAACUCGAACCAGGCCCUGUUCGGGCUGAAAUCCGGAGUCGGAGUCGGAGCGGGGAGGAAGAGGAUGGUGACGGUGGCAUACAAGGUCACCCUCAAGACCCCAGAGGGAGAAGUCAGCUUCGACUGCCCGGAAGACGAGUACAUCCUCGACGCAGCAGAGGAGGCCGGCGUCGACCUUCCUUACUCCUGCAGGGCAGGGUCAUGCUCUUCUUGCGCCGGGAAAGUGGUGAGCGGGUCGGUGGACCAGUCCGACCAGAGCUUCCUCGACGACGAGCAGAUCGAUGGUGGGUGGGUUCUCACCUGUGCGGCUUACCCGUCUUCCGACGUCACCAUCGAGACCCACAAGGAGGAGGAGCUCGUUGCCUAAUUGCAACUGUCUGAUGAAAAAUCAACUUGUGUUGUUUUUUGUUUCCCUCUCUCUCUCUCUCUCGAUGGCUCUGGUUGGAUUUUCCAGAUGCGUUUCCCAAUUGAGUCUUGAUGUGUUGCCUGUCUGAUGAAAACCCUGCUACUGUUUUUCAAUUGAAUUUUGGAUGUCUCCUGGUUAUUAAUGUAGUUGUAAUAAUAUUCAUGACUCUGU